UCAAACAUACAUCGUAAGACAGCCAUUACCGUUACCAUGCAUAAGAGUAGUUCAGGGUCAUCACUAGGACCAGGAGGGCUGGACUUAACCCAGUCCUUCUUCAAACCCAUAUCCAGUGCAGCCCCUCCUUCCCCCACCAAGCGCCACACCAAGAUCUCCGUCGUCGGCGCUGGUAACGUCGGCAUGGCCAUUGCCCAAACCAUCUUAACCCAAGACCUCGCCGACGAGCUCGUCCUCAUCGACGUCAAUCCCGACAAGCUACGCGGGGAGAUGCUCGACCUCCAGCACGCCGCCGCCUUCCUCCCCCGCACCAAAAUCCUGGCCUCCGUCGACUACGCCGUCACCGUUGGCUCCGACCUCUGCAUAGUCACCGCCGGUGCCCGCCAGAAUCUGGGAGAGUCCAGGCUCAACCUGCUCCAGAGGAACGUCGCUCUCUUCCGGAAAAUCAUCCCCCCACUCGUCAAGUUCUCGCCGGAUACCAUCUUACUCAUCGUAUCUAACCCGGUGGACGUCUUGACUCACGUGGCGUGGAAGCUAUCCGGGUUUCCCAGCAACCGGGUCCUGGGGUCGGGGACCAAUCUGGACUCUUCCAGGUUCCGCUUCCUCAUCGCUGAUCAUCUUGACGUGAACGCCCAAGAUGUGCAGGCUUACAUCGUUGGGGAGCAUGGAGACAGCUCAGUGGCUCUGUGGUCAAGCAUCAGCGUAGGGGGAGUGCCGGUGCUGAGCUUCCUAGAGAAGCAGGAAAUAGCGUACGAGAAAGAGACACUGGAGGAGAUCCACAAGGCAGUGGUGGACAGCGCGUAUGAAGUGAUAAGCCUGAAAGGGUAUACCUCUUGGGCAAUAGGGUACUCGGUGGCUAACCUAGCUCGGAGCAUACUGAGGGACCAGAGGAAGAUCCACCCAGUUUCGGUUCUGGCCAAGGGCUUCUAUGGAGUUGAAGGCGGGGAAGUGUUCUUGAGCUUGCCUGCGCAGCUGGGGAGAGGUGGGGUGUUGGGGGUCACCAAUAUACAUCUCACUGAUGAGGAGGAACAGAGGCUCAGGGACUCUGCUCGCACCAUUUUGGAUGUCCAAUCUCAGUUGAACUUGGGGAUAUGAUAAUCCAAACAUUAUUAUUACCAUAUAUUUUUUUCUUAUUUAGGAGAGUAUUCGGUAUACUAUUUUAUUAUUAUUUUCUGUUUAGUUUCUUAGUUUGGUGUGUUUGAGUGAUUU